GUGCAGUCAGAUCUCCCCCCCUCGCGUGCUCCUGCAAGGACAAUACCUUGUUAUACUCAUUAAUGCAAUCAAGAGUCAAGCCCUAAACUGACAUAAGUCGGGGUUGUCCGUCAAAUAUUUGCCUUUCAAACGUUCCACAUUAAUCAACGGCUUCCAACUUCCAAUUUCCAACCUCAUUGACAUCCUCGCGAGCCCGAGACGGCUAUCAACCGAAAAUGUCGCUCAAGCGCAAGGCUUCAUUCUCAGGAAUAUAUUCUCCUGAUGCGGCACCAGUCAUCGCAGGACGGUCAUUGAUGAUGGACGACACCCCUAAACAUCUCAAUAGUCGGACACGGAAGCGCUAUAGGAAUGAUCGCCCGGAUGAUAAAAUUGUAUAUGACAAUACGCUCCGCUGGCUCUUCACUGCCCAGCAGCAGCAAGGACCGAUUGCUUAUGCGGACGAAACGAUAGACAAGGACAUGGAGUCAGACUCUCUUCCAUCAGAAAUUGCCGAUCCACGACAACAAACACUGCAUAAAUUCUUCCAACCCUCCCGUCCGUUAUCUUUCCAAACCGGUCCAAACCAUAUGAAGCAACAAACGGACAAUAUUCCUCGAAACAAUACCGGUUUCUUGAAACGCCACGACAUUGACACUCUUUCAAACGUCACCUUGAUCGGUAGUAAUGCGGCUAGCACAUCCUCACAAGAUACCACGGCUGAUACGGAGGCGCGAAUGGACUCCGGAAGCAAUGAGUCUGUCCAAAACUCCAACAGAUGGAAUGGAGGAUCGGGUUGGCUGUGAUAUGACAUCUGAUUGCCAAUGCCCUAUGCUAGAUUCCUUCAUAUUACUUUAUACCCACUGACGAUUGAUUCUUUCCCACGAUACGCGUUUCCCGGAAAAACCAACGAUUGCUGGUCAUAGUUGGAGUUAUUUCCAUAUAUAUUCGUGAUUGAUGUCGAUGUUUUAAGCCAUUCUGCAAGGUUAAUACAAUAUAUCUAUAAGCAUGUCCUGCGUCGAAAUGACGUGGUCAAUUGAAUGCUGGGGGCGGAUCUAAUAUAAACAAAUUUGCAUUUCCUCGGUUAGUUGUAUCUCACUGGCAUGGUUCAUUUCCUUUACUCAAAGCAAAAUCCAUGGGAAGCAUAUACAUCCUAGUCAUCAAGGAUGAAUAAACUCCCAUAUCACACUUUUCUGGUGUUCAGGAAGUGCUACGUAAUUUCACAGGGCACCUUGAUUUACUUUCAUUUUGAGCAUGAGCAAGGAGAGUCAGA